UCGAGAAUUAGCGAGGAAUACGUUGUACGAACACCUCAAAAGUGGACGUGUGUGGAUCAGCAUGAAGAAAAACGUCAAAAAUGGAAUAAUUGCGUAGUAAAAAGUGCAAAAGUGCAAGAAAUAAUUGUGUGCAAGAUGUGUGAUUUGGUGUAUAUGUGUAAAUAAUGCCUGUACUAACUCCGAGAACUUGAAAAUUAUUUGUAAACAAACUGUGCGAGUUUCGUUCAAGAUGGCUGGACUUUGAAGAUACUCUUUGUCCGUAUGUCAUUAUGAAAGUUGAGCUAUUUGCCCAGGAUAGGAGGUUAGAGUGGGAAUGCAUGACAUGUUCAUCCAAUCCCAUCAGUUGGUUACGAAUAGCAACAGCAAUAGCAGUAUCAGCAACAACGGGGCGGUCCAACCAAAAAAGCGUAAGGCAGAACAUUAUAGUAACGGUACCGGUAUCGUUAGCGGCAACACAGGCUCAGAGUUUUCCUUCGUCGAUCAAGUAUUUUCUGUGAACGGCGGAACGCAGAAUUUCGGAUCUUCUUCAAACACAACCAAUCUUUCUUCUCUGACCGGUAAUAACGUUAAUAAUCAAAAUACAAAUCAUAAUCACAAUGGCAGUCCUAGUCGCGUUAAUCAACAACCGUUUGUACGCGCUUCGACCAUCAAAUUGUUAGACACGUAUCAGCGCUGCGGCCAAAAACGAAAAACUUGGUCGCCCGAGGGUAAUGGUAAUAGCUGCGGGGAGGCGGUCAUCCCCAAUACAGAGUGUCCAAUAUCAACAACCACGACGGCCCACAGCAAAGUUACAGCGGCUCCGGGGGGCACCAACCCCCAGCCGCAAGGUAAGCAAAAAAGGUCGGCGGCAACGAGUGGGGCCGACGGAGAUUACCAAUUGGUACAGCACGAGGUGUUGUACUCCAUGACCAACCAGUACGAGGUGCUCGAGUUUUUAGGCAGGGGCACGUUUGGACAAGUGGUCAAAUGUUGGAAGAAGGGCACCAACGAAAUUGUCGCCAUCAAGAUUCUGAAGAAUCAUCCUUCGUAUGCCAGACAAGGUCAAAUAGAAGUGAGCAUACUAUCCAGACUAAGCCAGGAAAAUGCGGACGAAUUCAACUUCGUCAGGGCAUACGAAUGUUUCCAACACAAGAACCAUACGUGUCUUGUGUUCGAAAUGCUCGAACAGAACCUCUACGACUUCCUCAAACAGAAUAAAUUCAGCCCUCUACCUCUAAAAUAUAUCAGGCCGAUUUUGCAGCAGGUUUUGACAGCGUUGCUCAAACUUAAGCAAUUAGGACUGAUUCACGCGGAUUUGAAACCUGAAAACAUCAUGUUAGUUGAUCCAGUACGACAGCCUUACCGCGUGAAAGUGAUAGAUUUCGGCAGUGCAUCACAUGUCAGCAAGGCGGUAUGUAACACUUACUUGCAAUCGAGGUACUACAGGGCGCCGGAGAUCAUUUUGGGAUUGCCCUUCUGCGAAGCAAUCGACAUGUGGUCGCUGGGAUGCGUGGUGGCGGAACUCUUCCUGGGAUGGCCGUUGUAUCCGGGAUCUUCUGAAUACGACCAGAUCCGAUACAUCAGCCAAACCCAAGGUUUACCCACCGAGCAUAUGCUGAAUAACGCAUCGAAAACGACCAAAUUUUUCUACAGAGACAUGGACAGCACAUACCCUUUCUGGAGGCUCAAAACACCAGAAGAACAUGAAGCCGAAACUGGGAUCAAGUCCAAAGAGGCCAGAAAGUACAUCUUCAAUUGCUUAGAUGAUAUAGGACAAGUUAAUGUACCAACUGAUCUCGAAGGUGGCCAAUUGUUAGCCGAAAAAGUUGACAGGAAAGAGUUCAUAGACUUGCUGAAAAGAAUGUUGACCAUGGACCAGGAGAGAAGGACAACUCCCGGAGAAGCAUUAAACCACGCAUUUGUCAGAUUGGCCCACUUAGUAGACUACGCACAUUGUAAUAAUGUGAAAGCUAGUGUACAAAUGAUGGAGGUUUGCCGACGAAACGAUUUCAACAAUACGACUUCCGCUUCUCAUCAUCAACCGACACAACAGGCACCGUCAUUGGUAGCCAAUUUCGUUCCAAGUUCUAACGGCAACGUAACGUUCACCAUUAACAAUCAGCUGACCAAUCAAGUUCAAAGACUUGUUCGAGAUCGGUCGGGAUACGACAAUUUGUAUCAAAUAUACAACGGCAGGACCGUGGGCAGACAAUAUGCUACAAGUAGCCGAGCAGAUCCCUUCCAACACCAACUCGUGUCGAGUAUUCUUUGUCCUGCUGGUUACCAAGGAAUGGGAGGAUCUCCAGCGAAACAUGUGACUGUCGUUCAGCAACAACAACUGCAGAUACCACCGCCGAUUUUGAGUCAACCCGGUCAACAACAGUAUGUACCUGUUAGUGUGGUUGAGCCUAGUGGAAGACAAAUGUUAUUAACUAACGCAGUACAAACCUCCUGGCCGACCAAUCGCCAGCAGAUGGCUAUCGUACCCUCGUGGCAACAGAUUCCACCACAACAUGCUGCCAUCCAACAACCCCUGCUCUCCGAAGCCGAAUGGGGACGACCCCUCUUGGUAGACUCAUCUGCGAUUCUCCAAGAGCAAAGACCUGUUUUUCCCGUGGACGUCGCAGCAGAGGUUUACAAUCCUACCAUCGUCGAUCAUACGGGAGCCUCUUGGGGGAGUAGUAAGAGGAGUUCCAAGAAUCAUCAUGGACAGCAGUCUGGGUCGCAUCAUAGCCAUCAUCAUUUAAUGGUUCCGUCGCAUCAUCGAUCUCAACACGAUAAGAAAGAACAGACGCAACUGAGUCCAGUUAAGAAACGGGUAAAGGAAGGGACACCUCCUACAGAACAGAUCAGCUAUGCGAGCAGUAGUAAUAGAAGGAAUCAUAGUCCAUCAAAUCAGUGGCAUCAUUCUUCUUCGCAUCAACUUGUAUCUUCCCAUGAUCACCAUACUCAAACGGUGCAUCACCAUCAUCACCACCACCACCAUAACAGCAGCAGCUCCAACACUAUCGCCGCCGCCCCUCCUAAACAGCAUACUAUUACUAUUAAUGAUACACCCUCGCCAGCAGUUUCCGUUAUCACGAUAUCCGACAGCGAAGAUGAAGUGGCACCAGGCAAGAAAACUAUACAUACCACCACACAAACUCAACCAUUGGCACCGCCCCCACCAGUUACCGCGGCACAAAGGAAAAACGUGAUAAGUUGCGUCAGCGUACAAGAUAGUGAUAAUGAAGAAAGACAUUCUGUUAAGGCUUCCACUCAGACUCACAAUUACAAUCCAGUUAUCAAAAACGAACCAUGCCAGAGCCAACAUAGCAGCCAGAGCAGCCAAAAUAGCAGUAGUAGCAGCAGUAUCAAUUACGCAUCUCAGAAAAAGAGGAUUCUGGCAAAAGCACAGUCUGAGUGCAUGUUAAAUGUACCCACGAAACAAGAACCUACAGACUAUAACUAUUUGCAACACUGUGGAUCCGCUUGUAAAGAACCCACACAGACCUAUCAGUACGUUAGUACCUCCCAACACGACCAACCGACAUACUCUACGAGCGAUAAACGAGUCUCGUGGGCUCCCCCCGUAGCCCACAAUACCUCGAGUCACUCUCGGCGACACUCGGCAGUGCCAGUAGUCAACCUCCAAGAGUACGCCGUUACUGCGCAGCCGCACAAUGAAUAUAUCCAACCGCCUGCCGCCCAUUCGACGAGAGAUUCGCUGACUGUCGCCAGAGAGCAGCAUCUGCUAGCUCCCGGCAAGAGCUGGGGACCGCCGCAGGCUAUUCAUCCAAGUUAUAGACACAGCCAGGCGCACCUAUCUCCACAACCACUAGCGGCUGCACCGAGGCUGUCACCUCAACAUCCAUUGGCAGCAGCGGCUGGCCAACCGCUCUACCACCAAACCGAGCUUUACCGACGACCUGUCUACGUCACCACUACGCAACCCGCAUAUCUGCCAGCUACUCACCAGGUGGCGCCGGCGGGCCGCGCUCUUCCCCCGCCUCCAGCACACCAUGCGAGCGCCAGGCCCGUGCUAGCCAGCCACGCUAGUCACCCGCUGCCGGCUCAUCUGCAAUUCCCGUCACACGCUCAGGUGACGGCCGCCUCCUACGGAUUCGCCCCGCUUAGCCCCGCCAAAAGCCAUCAAUACCAACCGGCCAGUCUUUGGUUCGCCGAAUAGAUACGAAGGAAUAUUAUGAUACAAAAAAGAAACUAUACGUUGACUGGAUACUGCUCAAAUUUCGGUCCAGUUUUUUAUGAAAUUGUAUUUAGUUUUGGUUGUUAUAAGAUCUGGUGGUAAGUGCAUUUAGAUGCGAAAUGAACCGAAAUGUUUGUCAAAUUUUUAGAUAUAUACAAGAAGCGCAUUGUGGGAUUAUGAAUAAAGUUUAAGUCUACUCUACAAAUGACAUUGCACACAUCUUGUGAAAAAUAUAAUGUCACUCAAAUGCAAGAAAAUUUACAUGAGAAGAUUCAUCUCGAAAUUACAAUCAUUUUAGAUCGUUGCGCCAACUCCGAAUUUUGUAUACCUCUGAAUAUAGGAAUACUGACCAAAGUCAUGACUUUAUUAUCUAUAAGGUAAGAGUAAUCCUCUGUCUUAACCCUUUCGUUCACGAAUUAAAUUUCUUUAAGCUAAAAAUCUGAUAUUUGCAACAUAGCGAGAAUGAUUUUUUUGCGAAUUUUUGAUAUUAGUUUUACAUUUUCAAAAUGCACAGUUUGGUCACUACAGGUUGUCCUCAUUUGAGAACAUCGUAAGCCAAUGGAGUAAAAAUAUUUGAUAUCUUUUUUAAAAUACUGACAAAAAAAAACAAAAACUAAAGUGUUUUAUUCGGUAAGUAAUAUAUCUUACAAAACAAUUUUUUCUUUACUUAUACAGAGAUGAACGUUGCAUUUAUCCCAUGUCAUUCGUAAGUUGCUCUUACAAACAGGCAAUGUACAUCUGGAUACAUUAGGUUUAUCAUCGUGUAUGAGCCAAUGGUGAAAUUCAUCUAGUCAUACUUCUUGGACGGAGCGCGUUUUUAUAUUUACCUAAAAAUGAAUUUUUCCGUUGACUCACAAUGUCCACAAACGAGUACACGAUUUUCAGAAAAUCCUCGGUAGCUAAUUUUAAGCAAAAACGCUAUUAUACUGAAUUCGCUCUACGGAGAUUCACUUUGACACAUUCGGAAUAGGAAACAUACAACACAAAAAUUCCUACCUCACACUAUGUAUUAACUGCUAAAAUCAACUUAAUCUUUCAUUAAAAAAAGAAGAAUUAUUAGAAAUAGUGGGAGUGUCUACUAAUCUCAUAAAAUUUUGUGGUGUUUAUUUCUACAAAAUAUUUUUAUUUUGUACAAUAAAUAAUUUUCUCAUUUGUUAUCAAUACAUUAUAAUGGUGUAAAAAAAUAAUUAUUGAUUGGCGUAAGGUUUAUGUUAUUUUUAUGUCUGUUUACUAUUAAUAAUAUUGGCUAUGAGCAGGUGCGUUGGUUGUGUAGUAAUUUCCAGUCACUUCUGACAACUGAACUUCACAAAACAGAAAUUACUAACGUCAGUGUCAAACUGAAUCUCGAUAGAGCGAAUUCAGUAUAACAAUAGUUUUUUAAUAAAUUCUACUAUUUAUCAACAUCACAAAACACAUUCAAUACCAAUUGUUCAUAUUUAUAACGAAAGAAACUCAAAUGAAUUCGGCUGCAUACACCAGUCAUAAGUAACUAUAGAAACCCAUAUUUCAACAAAUUAAAUGUUUUGUUCAAAAGCUGUUAGAUGGCAGCACAAGUCCUCAUUUGACGGAAUAGGAUAUCCAUAAUCGGGGACAAUGUGUUACCAGAGUAAAAACACAUGUAGCUACAUACAAAAAAAUUAUAGAAUAGGUUGUCCUCAAUUGAGGACACGGUUGACGAAAGGGUUAAUACUUGAAAAAUAUUUAUGAACUGGCGACUUACAAAAUCUUUCUUCUCUCUUUGACUUACAUACAUUCCCAUUUGAUUUUAGAUUUAUUUCUUUUGUAUUAAUCAAAAUUCAGACUUUACGCAAUGAUAUGAAAUGAUUGUAAUUUCGAGAGGAAUCUAUUAAUGUAAAUUUUAUUUCAUUUGAGUGACAUUAUAUUUUCCAUAAGAUGUGUCCUUAACACGAAAAUACAUGUUUAUAUUUCAAAUAACAUAUUGUUAGAAAGUAACUCUCUAAACAAUGUGUAACAGUUAUUACAAACAAUUGUAAUAAUUGUGCAUUUGAUGGAAUGUAAAAUUUUGCGCUAUAUUGUGUAUACCUCUUCAUAUGAUUGUUUGUCUAAAGGAGAUGGCGCCACUAAAUGUACUUACUAUCAAAUCGAAUGUUACUUGAAUAGUGCCUAUGUUUUAACCGUGUAAUUUUUAAGUUUCUGUGUAUUGUGUGUUAGAAUUUUUUAAUUGUUAAGAAUUUUCCGACUUAUUUUAUAUUGAUUGCAAUGGUAUUUUGUUCCCUUGUGUCGACAAGAGUCCAUAUAACACACUAUGUUAUGUAGGCUGUUGUCUUGGCAAGGUCAUAGUGUUGUAUACGAAAUUAGUUUGUGCAAUUAUCGGUCUGUUGCUAAGGACGUUUUACCUCUUUCAAAACGGUUACUUGCAACGGAUCUAUAUCUCUAACGUUCCACAUUUUCUCGUACUUUAUUUUAAACAAGGUAUUCUUCUAUCUUGCUACUAAUACAAAAAGGGUAUUAAUAUGUGUUAACGUAAAUAUUUUACCUAAACAGUUUUAUUAUUUUUUUUCUUACGAAAGUUUUCGGGGGAUAUUUUCCAGUGCAACUUUGUACAUAUUUAUCUGUAGCACUUGGAAAUGACCACUGAUAACAAUAAAUAUUUAUUUAUCACUUUCACAUUAUAUACAUACUGCCUUCAUAUCAAAAUGAUUAUUUAAGGUCCGCCCUGACGGACUUAGCAUUUUAAUCAUGAUUAGUGUAGAAUGAUUUAAAAAAUAUUAAAUUUAAUUUUUGUUCUAUUAAUUAAUUAACUAAUUAAUUAUUAUAUCGUAUUUUUUUAAUUUUUAAAGAGCCUUUAUCAUACGGCGGAUAAUCCAAUCAAAAUAGUUAUUCAUUCGCCGAUGCAGUUGGCAUUCCUGUAUUUUUGUUUAUUAUAGCUAUUAACAUUUUAUUAGGAUUAUUUUCUUCUGGUUUGAAGAUUGAUUUAUUAGUUCGAGCUUGUUUUAAAGCUUCAAUUUUUCAAGUAGUAGCAAUACUACGCAAGAGCUAGAGUUGAAUAGAGAAAAGAGGAGAUAAAGACGUUUACUGGAGUGAAGUUGGCAGAGUUUUAGAGCAUCGUGGAUUAGGUUUAGUUAAUACAUGAUUGAUAAAUGUUACACCAAAAACUGUUGAACCAAGCGGCAUCACAACACAAAAAGAUAUCAUUUGUAUGAAUGAAUAUUACUUUGAUCUCUCAUCGUUGAGGUGGUAAUAGAUCGACAUAUUUAAAAUUUAUUAAUUUAAUAAAACUUGUUUAAAAAGAUAAACGAAUAUGUAUUUUAAUGAUCAAGCUUUAACUUACCUUUUUGAAUAUAGGCGAAAAAUGUUGAGCAAACUCUUGAAGAAUUACUUUUUUUUCAUAAACGGGUUAUAGACGGAGAGGCAGCGCUGAAAAAUCUAUUUGAAUUUACUAAAGCUAGAUUUUUCACAGUUGAUUCUAAAUAUUCAUUGUAAUGAAAAUCUAUGCACAGGUUAAUUUUAGUCAAUAAAAAAGCUACAAUUUAGUAGUUUAUAAUUUUUUUCAUAUCUUCAGUAUUUUCGGAGAUAUUUUGAAGUAAAAGGUAAAAAAUACCAAAUUGCAAAAAAUCAAUUUUUCUUUAAACUCCAAUUUUUCCAAAAUUAGGGCAUUUUAAAUAGGUCAAACUCCUUGAGUGUAUUGAUAAUAUAAAUAUAAAAGGAAGUACAGAAAGUUGAAGACCAAUUUUGAAUUAGGAAGGUAGUUAUGGGGUUGUUUUCACUGAUUUUUUCGUAGAGAAAAGCAGGUACCGACAUUUUUUUGUAAUUCGCUUAAUUAUGAUGCUAGAAACUUUUUAUUAUUUUUUUUGAAAGGUCUAAUUGUAUACUUGAAAAAAGAUAAUUCAAGUUUUUCUCGAAAAAUGCAAAUUUUUCCCAUUAUUUGGCUUUGAAUAUUUCAAAUUGUGCAUUUGACGAAAAAAGCUAACCUUAAACAUGCCGUAUCUCGGUUUAAAUUGGUCUUAAAGAUAUUAUAGGAAAAGAAUUUGGUUUGUGUUACUAAAAGAUACAAUUUCGAUAUCGACAGUUUUUUUUUAUUAAAUGCAUAUUUUUCGAGGUAUUCUCAAAAAACCCUCUAAAAAGUCGAUUUUUUCGUCGAAAAACUGUUAUUUUCAAGCGCGAAUAACUCGAAAAAUAUUAGUUUUACGAAGAAAAUGUAAAAAACAUUUUUUCUUAGAAUCACUUUUUCCAUCGAAUUACAUAGUUAAAAUGUAAUAAAAAAUUCCCACCCCCGAGAUGGGGUGGCAACCACCCCCAAGGUUUUAGCGUAUGAUAGCGGCAUGAUAUAGAAAAUGAUUCUAGGACUAUUCCCUACCUUCUGUGAAAAUUUCAAGUAAAUCCAUGCUGGACGAAAAAAUUGCGAGCCAAAAUGCUUCAUUUCCUCAAUCGACUAUUGGGGCCGACCGACCGGCUCUGUCCCGUCAUACAACUGACCGACUAUAAUAACUUUUAUUUAUAUUUAAUUUAGAAUGUGUGUACCGAUUUUCAGCCUUAGUAAAUGGAAAUAAUUACCUUCGUAGGAAAGCAACUUUGAUACCCUCUCAGUAACCCCUGUUCUACGUUUCGCUUGACGGACCGCAGUAUGUUUUUCUACACACUCACAGUAAUCAACUGUGAAAAAUCUAGCUUUAGUAAACUCAAAUAGAUUUUGCAGCGCUGCCUCUUGGUCUAUUACAUGAAGAGUUAUAUGGAAAACAAAUCUUAUGUUUGAAAUACUGCUUAAUUUAGUUGAUUACUUAAUUACAUCUAUUAUUUAGUUUACUGUUUUUGUUGGGAAUAAGCCACAAUUUUAUUUUUUCAACAAGUUUAUUUGACGUUUCGAUUUCCGAUUCGGAAAUCAAAACGUUAAAUAAACUCGAAUUUAAAGUAAACUUGUGAUUUGUUGCCAAUAAAAACAGUAUUAAGAUGCCACACAGAAAUAGCUUUAGAACAAUAUCAACUAUCUAAUAAUUAUCGAUACUUUGGCUACAGCCUUUGACAGAAUCAUAUGUACAGUAUUUGUAGAUAUGCCACCAGUUGUAUUGAACGUUGUGGUUCCAUACAAGUUGUAUUGAAAAAUGUUGGAUGGGUUGCAUAUGCGGAUUCGUUUUGAAUGAAGUAAAAAACAGACGUACUCGCAAUCAUUUAUUGUUAUAACUUCCGACGACCGGUUUCGUUCUCUACAAUUUGCAGAGCAUCAUCAGGUCAACGGUUACAAGUAAACUAAACGCUACAAAUAAAAAACCAGAGUUAGGACAUUGUCUGGUUGUAAAAAGAUGCUAUAAGAUCAAGUCAAUAUUUAAAAAUAUAUAAAUUAAAACCACAGACAUAUGUAUGCACCCAUACCGGUAAAACAAACACUCAUGUUUCUGCAAACACAUGCAAAUGUAUGUGGUCUAUGAUUGUGCAAUGUAAACGUGUUAUACUUACAUGCCGUUACAAGGAGGGAUUUCUAAAGUCUUCAAUAGUAUUGAAAAAGUUUGUAGAAGCAAGUGUUGUGAAUCACAAGAGUUUUUUGUCUACAUUGUCAAAAAAAAUCGUCGUAUCAAAAAGAUCAUCAGGUUAACAUUCUAUCUCGUAAAUUUCUACCAUACGAAGAAUGUAAAGAACCAAAUAUACGUCAUGGUGUAACGUUUGCUGCAUUUCAGAUUAUCUUUUUUUGCUUUUCAUGUUUUUAAGAAUUAGGAUUAGUUUUGUCUUUAUACGUAGUUUUACUAGUCUUUAUUAUAGGUUAAAGAGUGUCUGUCACUUCACACCAACAAAGUAACGUUAGUUGGAAUAAAAAAACGAUAUCGCAAACGAUUGCUACUACUUGAUUUUCAUAAAUUGGUAAUCGACAGUGUUUUGAUAUGAUAGAGACCUGGAACUUCCUCUCUAGGUCCUGUUUUUCUGUCUUUUAGCUUUUUGAAAGUCGCUUUUGGAAUGUUUCCCGUUGCGAUUUUUUAUUCUACUCUUCACAAGAAUAAAAACACUAUAUCUAGCUAGUCAAUUUUUGCAAUUGAGUAUGUGUCAAAAUAAUUAGGGGGAUAUGAGAAAACACUUUGUUUUUUUAGGCUGAAGUCCAGCAGAAUCCUUUAUAGGUGUUUCAGAAUCGCCUCGAGAAUUUUUUAAUAUAAAUAUUAAUUUAGGUGUUUCUAUCUAGAUGUAUAAGCAUCGAGGUUUUAUCUGAUAUGUCUCUAAAGGAUUCGUUUUGGACACUGCCAUAUACGACACUUGGGGUUGGGUUUCAAUUUAAAGUAAAUAAAAGAAUACUUAGUAGCGUUUAAAUAUUCAAGAAAAUUCUAGUGUUUUAAAAUGUUUGAUGUGCCUGUAAAUGUAAUAAUCUUUCAUACACUCUAUGUUUGACGUUAUGUAAUGAAAAAAACAACUAUGCACUUAAUGUCUCAGUGUUUUUAACAAGGGUAUAUAUGCGUCAAUAUAGUUGUGGAAUAUAUAGUUGUGAUAUUUAAUAAAACUAUUGAAAAUUAUCAUUUUUUAUGUUAUUUAGGGUGAGACCUUUUGUUGCCAUUACUAUUUGAAUCAUUAAACAAACGUUUUAGGUAAAGAGGAACACACAUUAUGAAUUUUGCCAGAAUUUAUUUUUUUAUGUACCUACUCUUUUUAUUGGCGGUUUUUGUUUUACAAAUCCUUAAGCUGACUUGUAGCUCAGACGAUCAGAAGACUCUAGUUCUCUCCUUGAUAUUGAUAGAAACGUAUAAUAUAUGUUUUUUAAUUGAGUAUUAUUCAAUUAAAAAAAUGGUUCGGUGCUGGGGCUAUUACAAUUAACACGUUGAUCACUGCUGUUAUAUUUUUUAUAUGCCGGCUUAUUGGCUCAAAAGGCUGUCGGAUUCGGUUGUAGGCAAAUAAAUUGGACUAAAAAUGGCGGAUAACAGCUGAAAUAUGUCUGUAGAUUCCUUCGACGUAAUGCGUGAUGUCAACAUGAACUACAAAAAUUGGACUAAAAAUGGCGAAUUUGAUUAAAAAUGCCGAAACGGACUAAAAAUGGCGCUAUCUAGCGGAUAAUAACUGAACUAUGACGGUAGAUUCCCUCGACGUCUGUGACGUCAGCAUCUAUCUCACUCAUUACUCAUUGGAAAGGUACUUCUCUCUCUAACACAUUGAUUUCCCUAUCUCUAUAGUGAGGCAAACGUUGUAUAUCUACUAUGUUUAUGCUGUGAGUAGUUUAUGCUGUGAGUCAUAUCUGCGCCAGAAAAUUUUCAAACGCAACAGCGUAACAUUCAGAAUAGAUCUGCAGCUUGAGUUGGGAUUCGGCAGUGAAUCACGUCUGCCUAUUAGUAGGGUGAGAGAUAGACUAUCGUGGAUCUCGCUCUUCGGUUCUGAUCCUUCAAAGGAAGUGUACUGGUCAUCGUAAUGUCGUGUAUUGUCCGUCUCCAAAGAUUUCUAUCUCUGGUUAUUUAUUUUAACCCAUGCACAGGUCUUUUGCAUAUCCAUGUAAUUUGGUCGAUCCAUUUUGUUGUUGAUCUUCCUCGUGAUCAUCAGCUUUCUACCUUUCCUUGGAUAACAUGUUUUCUGUGUCUGCUCUCAUAACAUUUCCUAAGAUGUGCUAGAUAACCGGAGCAUACUUAUUUUAUACAUUAGUUCUCAUCUCAAGUUGUUUUACUAUGAAAAAUACAAGUUAAAAAUAUUGAGAUGCUGCAAAUAUAAUAUCUAGAAAAAUUUUACGUUACAAAUACAACAACAGCCGAAUAAAAGCGAUAAAUCAUUGUGUUUCUCUCAUAUAUGAUCACUGCUGAAUGAUAGCCAAAUUUUUGUAAGUCAAUGUAGCAGUUCUAAUCAACUGUAUAUUUGCACUAAUUUUAUAUUAACAUUUGCAUCAAUAUUUUUGCGUAUGCUGCGUCGUCUUCAAACGCCAAAUUUAUGCCAAUUAUACCAUGCCAUUUUAUCGAAACGUAUUCACUGCGGAUGGCACCGUUAGGAGACGUUAGCAGACACGUUUUAUGUGCGGUUGGCGCCAAUUGGUGCCGCGUGUAUUUGCGAUUUCGCUGCGUACGGCACCGUUAGGAGCCGUUACAGUCACGUUUUAUGUGCAGUUGGCGCCAGUCGGUGCCACGUGGAUUGGAAAUUUCAUUGACGGAAAUUAAAAUCAUCGUUAUAAAGAUUAUUAUCCUUAUAAAAUUAUUUCUGUAUCUUGAAUUUUUAUUUUUGGCGCGUCUACUACUUUUGGAGUAAAGUUGAUCUUAUUUUAUAUUCAGCCUCCUGUUUCCUUGGUGUCAUUUCCACUGGGAAAUCGCUUGCAAAUCGUUUUUCCUCGCAACAACUGUUCAUCCGAUUCUUUCCGAGCCUUCUCAGCUGGCUUUUUGGAUAACAUCUGCGUUUUCCAUGUUGGAAUAUUUCUCCAUGUUGUCUUUUCCUGGAACCAUUUUAAUACAGUCGUAAUAAACUGCUUUGAAAUUUUCGAAAAUAUUUAUUUCCCCUUACCCUCCUCUUUUCAGGGAUACUUAGGGAUAAUUCCAGGGAUACCUUUGGACAUCUCUGAAGUUCAGCUGUAGGUCGGUUUUCUGAGCUAGAAACGGUUCACUUUGACGACAUUGAAGACUCAUACUUCUGCCAGAAGUAUGAAAAUGUUUUUGAAGUAACCAUUUCUUCGGUUCUUCUUAGUUGCUUGAAUACUCAUCCCUGACAAUGGUUGGUUCUGUUUUUCAAACAUGUUGGUGUUUCCUUUCUCUUUUAGAUUAAGAUUCGUCAAAGGGGGUAGUGUGGUCCUGGAGCAUCUCUCGCAAUGUCUCUUCUUUCUUCAAAUUUGCUUGCAGUAUUCUCACUUUGCGACAAACUUCACACGGAACUAAUCGAUGAUACUUAUCACUGAUACUCCGAUGGUCUCGCUGUUUAUUUACUAUUCAAACCGUGUUUAUCGUUUAUCUGCUUCUCCAUCUAGGCUGACUAUGGUGAGAUCUGACGAAGACGUAGUGGAGACGUCUAGAGGAUAAAGCAGACAUACUGCAGCACAUGCCUUUUCGCAAUAUCUGACGGGUUUUAUUUAAAGGUGACACGACACUCGACUAUCAUUUUUCUGAAAAUUUCUGUUCCUUUUUUACCUUUAAUAUAUCGUUAACUAUGUGAUAAAAAAGUAGUUUUGACAGCAAAGAGUCUACCCUGCGUAACUCCAUUGCCUACAAAUGACGAUUUGGAAAUAAUUCGGUGUUCUUACAAAAAAAAAAAAAAGUUUUACAAAAGAAUAUCGAAAGAUUGACGAUUCGUCAUAGAUGUUUUCAAUUAGUUUAGAAGGUAUAUCUUAAAAAACUUAGGCGAUAGAAUUAGAAAUAUAUAUGGUAGAUGUAACAAAUAAUAUUUUUGGAUUGUGUAGAAUAGUUUUUCGGAUUACUAAAUAAUACAAAUAAUAAUCAGGUGUUUUUUCGCUAUAUGUAGGUUUUCUCAUUGGAAACUGCUCUAGCUUAAGGGGAUUUUGCCUUGCAAACAUGGGGUUUUUCGGUGGUUCUCAACAAAUUAGAAACACUAAGUAAAGUAUGUUGUAAUUAAUUAUAUUUUAAAUUCAGUUUAGAUUUGUAUGUAACGGUGCUACACGUAAUUGUAGCAUGAAAAAAAUUUUCUCCGUCCUGUAAUAAAUUUACCUAUACAUAGGAGUUCUUUGGAACUACUAAAUGUUUAAGAACGCUACAAAAAAUUUUCCAACAUAUUGAUAUAUUUAUUUCGGUGUUUUCUAUUAGUCCAUAUACUGACGGUUUUCGCUCCAGAUUUUAAAGAACCGCUUGGAUAGACAUGAAAUUUGGCAUACACAUAGCUAAAUGUCAAAGAAAAUGAUAUUGUGUCGAUGUAUGCUUUUGCCCUGGGAUGAGUUUCAGCCCCUUCUUGGGGGUGAGAAAAGAUACGUUCAACAUAAAUUCGGAAUUGGAUAAACCGACUAAUUCUAAGCAACUUUUGUUCUAUAUCGUUUUUCACUAAGUUAAUACUUUUCUUCAACAUUUUUUUAACAAAAAAUCACGUUUUUAGACGGUUUUUUGCAAAUAUCUAAAAAAGUAAGUAUUUUAUCAAAAAAUGUUCUUGGCUUAUAAAAAAGUAACAAAAAUGGUGUAUGUAUAAGGUCUCUAGAACCAGUAGAGGCAGAUUUGUAGCUAAUUAAAAAUAAGUUCAUAUUCGUCAAAUUCCAAAUCGAAUAUUUCAAGGUGAAAUAACCAAAAAAUGAGGCACUUUUUGGGGAAAACUCAUUACAAUUUUUUAACCAGUCUGGUCUUUAGAACCAGUAGAAACAGAGUUGUAGCUAAUGAAAACUAGGUUCAUAUUCGUCAAAUUCCAAAUCGAAUAUUUCAACGUGAAAUAACCAAAAAAUGAGGUACUUUUUGGGGAAAACUCAUUACAAGUUUUUUAAAGUUUCUAAACUUAUUACAAAUAUUUUUUCAGCCCCACAAAGGGGCUAUAUUCACCCCCGGGCAUAAUCACACAUAGGCACAAUAUCACUUUUUUUCUUUGACAUGUUGGCUAUGUGUAUGCCAAAUUUCAUGUCAAUGCAAGCGGUUCUUUAAAAUUUGGGGAUUUUAAAAUAUUUUACCGUGAGUGAAUGGACUAUAUGAGGUACUACCUCUAUCGUGAACCUUAACACUGUUUGCAAGGCAAUAUUAUUUUUUGUAUUGUACCCCUUGCUAGAGCAUCUAAAUAAGAUACGCUGUCCGGGUAUAUGCAUGUUGGUGUACAGAAUUUUCGAUGUUCAGUUCCUCAGCACUUUAAUUUUUAACUCCAAUCAACAGAUUUGUACAUAUUUUUUAACAUUGUUGGUUCAAAGAUCUUUUUUCUGUGAUCGUCAAAAUUUCUUUUGUACAUAUUUUCAUUUUGGUUCGUAGAUUCGGCAAAAUCGGCGCAGACUUUGGUACGAGGCCUAGAAAGCUAUUGGUAGAUUGAAGGAACAGUAGUGGUAAAUAGUAAGAACUAGAGAUAGGUCAAAAUAUCUUUUAUCAAAACCUGAAUUUGCAAAUUUUAAUUAGUAAUUUUUUAGAAUGAUUUUUCGAACAAUUUUAGUUUCUAUCCUUUAAAUUCGAACUGGUUCUAAUCGUUUGUGUUGUGGAAAGGAAUUUAUUAGUUUGAGUAUGUUCAUUGACUACAAGUCACAAAUAUAUAAUAUAAAUUUAAAUAUGUCACAUAUUUUUUCAAAUAUAUCUAAAUAACAAGAAAAUAAUGUAUUCGGUAAAAUUAAAUUGAUUUGGAUUAUUUAAACUGGUCCUAAAAGUACCUAGUUCGUACCUGGCACAUAACAUCUAAGCACUUAUACCGUUUUUAAACUAGGAGGAGAACUCAAGGAGGAAACUCAAAAGACAAAUUCACACCAAAUAAUGUCACUAUAAAAAUCACCAGAUUAAUCUUCUUUUUUUGGUUGAUCAUGUUGGCCUUCGACUGUAAUCCAUAAAUACAUUUAACAUAAUACAUAUUAUAUUAUACUAAUACGUCGCUCAAGAGUUCUAAAAACAACUGUUUUUUAUGUAAAAGCAGACUAAAAAUCUGAAAAUUAAAGGAAUAACGCAGAAAACACAAAAAUCGCCGAUAUAACUUAAUUAAACUAUGAAAUGACAAUUAUGCCCGAUUUCACCAACGAUACCUAAACAGUUGCCUUAUUAAGUAAUUCUUAUCGAUAGGAACUUCUUAAGUCAAUACUUAAGAACAAUCGCAUUUCACAAUUAAAAGAACUGCUUAUCUAGGAAAUGCUUUCCUAGGUAUUACCUAGGGUACGUUUGAACUAUUUCUGAUAAAUAAAAAGAAGAAUAAGAUGACAUUUUCUUACUUUUUCGAUUAUUUGUCAUUAUUGUUUGUUUGCCAAUUUGGUUUUAUUCAGUUUUGUACUGUUAAAGUUAUUUUAUUUAGUAGUUAGUUAAUUGUGCAUUAAGUUUGUGUAUAAUAAAUAUAGUACUGUAUGUUAUUUGUAUAUGUACAGUGAAAUGGAGGAAAAGAAAAGAGUUAUAAAUUUCACAUAUGACGAAAAAUUAAAGUUAGUUGAAUUAUCAUUAUUGAAAUAAUUUUAAAUAUAAUAUGUUGAAAAUUGUUUUUUAUUAUUCAUUUUUUAAUGACACACUUUAAGUUAUAUCAUGAAUGGGUUUUUGAAACACAACACUAGUUUGUUAGGUAGUAGGUAGACUACAUAAUUUUGCCAACAGACCUGUAAAAAACUCCAAAGGAUUUUCUAUAUUUUCCAACACAUAUUAUAUUAAUAAUAUAAAAGAAAAUACAAAAUUACAACUAAUAAAAUACCUAAUAUUACAGAAUAAUAGAAAAAUUAAGGUAAGAAGCAAAUUAUUGACAAACGUCACAAGUACAUUAGUCAAAAUUGUAAAAAUAUAACCCGACUGUCAACGAUAAGUAAUACCUAAAGUUUAGGGAGAUCGAAAUCCGUAUCCUAACGUAAGGUAAUGCUUAAGCGGUUUAGGUAAUUCUUAUCGUAUGGUGAAAUCCGUUUUAGAGUUAGGAAGUACCUAAACCCACUUAGGUAAUUCUUAAAUAUUUAGGUAUCGUUGGUGAAAUCGGGCAUUAGUGUCAAAAUUUCAUAACAGUGAACUUGCCUGAGGUUGGACAAUUACAAACAAGCAAAUAAUUUCCGAUCUAAGAACAAUAAACUCGAUUACAUAACUUAUUUUACAAUACGUGAUAAACUCCCACUGAUAUAUUUGACAGAAGCUGAUAUGUAAUAAAGAAAGGUAGUUCCAGAAAAAUACUUAAAAUAUUCUUUUUACUAAUGUAUUGUUUUUGUAAUUUGUAUUUGGCUUUAAAAUCAGUGGGCUGAAAAAUGAGAUAAAAAUCUAUUUAUUUAAAGUCUAACAAUCUCCAUUUUCACAAAGAUCAUGUAUUGAAAUAUCAGUUGCUCGAUUUCUUCCAAGAGAACUUUUCAUCGGAUGCUUCCAAUUCCAUGGAAUCAAGCAUUGAAAAUGUACUCAAAAAAUUCUUCAUUUCCUCGAUAUUAGCAGUUUGAAGUCAGACAAUAAAAUAAGAACCAGCAUUUUUAGAAAUCAUUAUUUUAUCACACUUUAUACAUUUUACCAAAUCUCUUACGACUAAUUACUUAAGAACCACGAAAAAAGACGCAGUUGAGUCGAUUUUGCCCAAUACUCACAAACCUUUUCGCUUUAACUAGUUUUAAUAAUAUUGUAACGCCUUAUUGAGAGACAAAUAUUAGUAUUUUAGACUUGACAGUCAUUUUAGAUAUAUAUUAUUUAGAUCUUUUUGCUCUCAUUUUCAACUAAUGCACAGGGUUUCGUAAUAGAUUUAACUUUUAAAAAAUAUUAAAAAUAACAGCGAAGUAGCAUAGUUGCCAAAAUUUAUUGUCAUCGAAAUGUUUUGCUUGUCGCAAUUAAUAUAUUGUUUUUGCUCAUAUUAUUUUAAUUUUUGGGGCUUUUAUUAUAGUUCUUUUCUUUGUUUUAAAAUUUUGUCAGUAUUAUGUCAUAGAUAAUUUGAAACAGCCUUUUCAUUAUUCAUUACUAUAAUUGAAAGUACAACCAAAUGCACAUAAAAUUUAGUAGUAGUACUAUCAUUAUGAUAUAAAAAACAUAUUGGCCAUACAAGGUCUUCAAAGUCUUCAAUUAGGAGAUCAAUUUGGGCAUAUUAUUUUCUAUUUUGCUAGUGUGUGCUUUCCGAAAAAAUUAAAAAAUAAACAACAUAUCUCAAAGAACGAAAUAGUUGGCAGGAAAUUGUUGCAUGAAAUGUUACUUUUUGCUUUGUUAAACAAUAGUAUAACAUAAAAUUAUACACGUAAAAAUAUAGUAUAAUCAUAGUAUAAUUUUACACGCCCGCGCCACUGAAAUUACUCCUCAUUCGCCUCAAAUUCCGUAAUGAUUCACGAACUUCGAAAUGAAUCACUGACAACUAUUUCGGUCUUUGUAUUAAUCAUGAUUUUUAAAUAUUGGUUAUUUAGAACAAAAAACUCAAAAUCUCGAACUUGAUCAUUUAAGUCAUCAACUUCCUUAGGCAAUUAACUCUUUAUAUAUUUAUCUAAUAUCUCUUUGUACUUCUUUAUUUUUCCAACUUUUUUAGUUCCAAAAAAUUUUUAUAAAUUUUUAUUUGUGUUCAUCUUUGGUUCUUUUAAAACAAAUUCAAUUGGAAUUAGACUUCUUUAUGAAGUGUAACUGAAAAUAUAAAAUAUUUAUUUUAUCAAAACUAAAACAGUGUGAUCACCAUAGUAAUGACGAUGUAAUCCUUCGUCUUUAUGUGACGUCUGUAUCAUUGGGGCGUGAGCAGCUAUGGCUGCAAACAUUUCUCUGUAUUCAGCUGUACGUAUAGUUCGUGUCAGUAUCAGUUAGUAGGGCAAUGUCAUCUGCAUAUCUCUAUUAGAUUUUUCUUUAAGUCCACAAAUUUUGUUCCUGUAGAGAGGUUUUCCCAUGCUUUCUUAAAUAGCAGCUCCGAGUAAAGGUUUAACAGCAUAGGGGACAAUACACAACUUUGCCUUACUCCUUUGCUUAUACAGUCAAACCCGUGGCAACUGGGUGGCAAUAUGUAUAGUUUGUAGACAAAGGAAAUUAUUUUACGACUGAAUUUGUCGAUAAACGAUUGAAUUGGUACUCAUAACAACGCAAUAAAAUAUGUAUUAUCUAUCUGACAAACCCAAAUAAUAUAAAUAAAACAGCACUACCUACAGGCCUUCGAAGCCCUUGGCGAGAAACCAUAAUAAAAGACAUAAUUUAAUUUUUUAGGAAAUUCGAAAUUGUAGGUAAAAAUUUAUUCGUUGACCUGAAUAAUAUUCUAAUAAGCGGUCUUGUUUUAUUAAUACGUAUUCCAAUAAACGGAUAAAUUUAUUAAGGAGUAAAUGGAAACGUUUCGGGACCUCGAAUUUAUAUUUCAUAAACCGGGAUAUUCCUAUAACUGGUACUUUAAUAAGCGGGUUUGACUGUACUAAUAUUUCUGGAUGUUUGAUGGUGGAUCCUAAGCUUGGUAUGACUCCUGAGAGCAAAAUGAUAUGAGAAGAAGAUGAAUCUGAAGCGAGGUAAUACUUUUAGGUAAUUGUAAAGCUUCUUUCGUCUAUUAUUAUAUAAGAUUUAUUUUUCCAACCACCUGGGUAGCUCAUAGGAGAGUAUGACCUAGGUAGGCUGUGGUCCGGAAUGAUAUUGGCUUGAUUUCCACUCAAAUUGAAAACCAAAAAGUAUUGCCAAGGUCCAUGAAGGCCGUGACAAACCUUUGAGUAAUAAUUUAUGUAAUAUAGGUCUUUUACACUUAUACACUGUAGCCCGGAUUGGAGACAUUGUUAUUAAGAAUCAAAAUGAAGAGAGAAGAGAGAAAGAAUCGUUUGCACGUUUUACUGCUAUUAUUUUUUUUUUGUAUAUUUUUAUAUCUGGUGAUUUAUACAAAUUUGAAAGUUGUAUAAUUACCGUGUAUUUUUAAAAUAUUUUUAUUAGUACUCCCUUUUAUUCAUAUACUAUUUUUUUCUUGUUGUUUGUAGUUUUAAUCCUCUUCUUAGUCUGUUUGAUUUGGAUCUUGAUAUUUUUGAAACAAUCCUGGAAAUCGCUAUUCGUGGCAAUAUGUUUGUUGCAGUAUUCAGUAUUCAAUUCAUCUUAAUAUAUUUUUGUUCUACGCAUAUAUCAGAGAAUAUUGUUACUACUGAGAAAAAAUCAGUUAUUUUAAUUUCGAUGACGAGUUUCGAUAUAGAAUGAAGAAUGAAAAGGUUUGUUCAACAAGGUUGGCUUCAUUUUCGUGAAGCAUAUUUUUAUAUACACAUGUACUUAGUACUGAAAGCUUUAGAACAUUUCUUAAAUAAUUAGCCAUGCUCGUUGAAAAGUAUUUACAUAUAUGUAACUCAGUCUUCACGUACGUAGUAUGCAGUCGACCUUGUGCAGUUCUCGGAUUAUAUGACAAACUUCUGAUAUUGAAGAGUAAAAGUAUAUAAAGAAUUUUUGUGUCUGUCAAGUGCGCAUUUAUUUAUCUAUACAGAAUUUCACGUUAAGAAUAGAAAGUUGCUUAGAUAGGCCAAUGUAUUUCUUAUGGACGAUAGAAGCGCGCCGAUACCACGCCGUACUGAUUAGAAUGAAUCGUAUAUAGGCAGUCGAGUAGCCACCCGUACCCUAGAGGUUUGGCAACACUAAUCUUCAUAAACGCAACAUUUCUUCUUAACGUGAAACAAGGUAUAGAAACGAUACCAAGAACAGCGAGGCAAACUAAUACUGUAAAUUUCGUGUUUUAUUGAUUGAAUGUAGACUAAGUCAGCCAAGUAGCACUUUUACCUGCAAUUCCAAAAAUAUUCCAACAAAAAACAGGAACUAAGUCACUUAUUCAUCAUUGUUUAAAGAACUCACAGUGUUGCCAAGCUGUAUCUUAAUCGAUUCGAUCUCAUGCAAAACGCCAGACAAAAAAUUUAAAUGAUGUUGUUUUGUAUAUAUUUACUGUCUGUAUCCGCAUGUGGAUUAAAAAGAUAAAUGAUAUAUCUAUUUAUGUAUCCUUUUUAUCAAAUAAAACAGUUAUCAGAAGUUUUUCUUGUUUGCUCAAAAGUAAAGUGUUACAUAGGACGAGAACUGUGUACAGUGACAUACAUUUUGUUAACAAAUCUCCAAAAAGUGGGAACGCCCUUCACAUGCAACGUCGUGCAGAACCAAAAAUCAAAAUUUUUUAGUUGAUGUUAGUAUUUUUUGUAAAAACUGCACUUUCACAACACCGAGUAGGCGAAUCCAUGUGCGCAUAUUUUCGAAAGAUGUCUCAGGGAGGAUUGAUAUCAAAAUAUUUAGCACAAUAAUUUUUAAAGUACCUCAUAUUACUAGGUAGUCUCCCCUAAACCGAAACAUCUGAAAGUAUGCGUUACACGUAUGGGCUGUGGUAGGUACUUGAAAAGAAAGUGAUAAGAGAGAUAAAUAAUCAACGAAAUUCUUUUUAUAUUUUAGAAUAAUUAGUUCAAACUCAAUAGAAAUAAGGACCAUUUACUCUACAACUUGUAUGUUCAGGUUUGUUGUACAUUGGAUUAACUUAAGUAAGUCUUAUGUUAUAAAGAGAGAAAACAAGAUACUUCUGCUAUCUAUUGGUCCACCUUUUCGUACAGCAAUGUUGCCUGACUAAUUUAUUUAAAAAUAAUUUGGACAAAAAGCCAUUGUACAUACAAUAUUUUUUCAAAUAAGAUCUAAACAUCCGGUAAGAAGGACCAUUGAACUGUUAUCGACGACAAAUUUCGGUACUAAAUUAAAACUUUUACCGAUACUGUUGAGUGUUCUUCUAUUAUACUGUCCGUACAGAAAAAUACCGUCUGGCUAACUUUACCAAAAACAUGAAGUCAAAAAUCCAUGAUAAUUUCAAAUCUAUUUCACAAAAGGUUAAAAUAUCCGGCUCGAAAGACCAGUUUUUAUUUGUGACAAUUUCGAAAAAUUGAAUCGAGUCUAUUACUACAGCAGAUUACGAUUCUACAUAAAAUUUUACAUGUUAUUUAUAUUGUUGAUUGUACUUCUGCUACGUAUUCGCCGAGAAAAAUGUCAUUCGACAAAAAACAAGAUUGGAUAAAAAACCAAAAUAAGCCGGAAUCAGAAAUAAAUUUAAGUAAAUAAUAGAACACAUCAUAAUGAACAAGUGAGUACCAUUUUCUUGAAUCUCUCUACAACUCUUUUUUGUACAUACCUCGCCUUACAGCAAAAUGGAAUGAUGAAAUAUAUAUUAUUGGCACAUUAUUUUUUGGAUAAUUUGUUUGUAUAUAAUAUAAUGUUGGGUUGGUUAUAUUUAUAUAUUAGUUACCAUAUAUAGAAAAGCGCUUAUAUAAUGGUUGUAGUUAAUAAUUGCGAUUAUUAUUAUUAUUAUUUUCAAUUAGAUCUACAUUUCUCAUAGAUAUCAAGAGAAUAGUUUGAAUCCUUUAAUCACUUCCAAUAUUAAGAUGUAACAAAUAUUUAAGAUUUUUACUAUAUGAUCUAAAGGCUGCACUACAGAAUAGUAUGUUUUAAGCUCUUCGGCAAAAUGAGUCAAUUAAGUUUUUGAAUGUAUUUCAAUUAAAAAGGAGAGAUAGGGAUAUCUUUAUUAGAUAAUAAACAGAUUGUAAAUAUAGACUUAAAAUGCUGUUGAAUUGUUUAAAAUUAAAAAAAAUACAUUUAUUAAACAAUAGUGAAAUAAUGAAAUUGUUACACAUAAAAAAUAAUUUAUUUAUUUAUUACAGACGGUACUAAAAAUAAACGAGUUUCUCGUUUUCAAAUUCUAAAAAGUUAACAAUGGGCAAUAUUCAAACGAUUUAUUCAGCAAAUAAACAUGUAAUUUCUGGAGACACUCUGUUGUUGCCACCACUGGUCUGUAUUCUAGUGCAGUUUUCAUCCGUUUUGUCCAAUCAAUUUCCAUUGUAUGCCUUACUAUUUUUAGCUUAUGUGAUAUGACAAUAUUUUCCCCGGAACAUUGAAAAUAGCUAUAAGAACGCAAUGGACACCCCAUACGUGUUGGACCAGUUUUGUAGCAUUCUUAAUACUUGUCCAAUUUUGUAAAAUUGAUCGUGUCAAUAUCAAUAUGCCUUUUUACCAUAGGAUCGUGGUAACUUUUUAUAAUCCAUGAUAGUAUGUGGAUUCCAUCCCUGUGGCAGUUCUUCCUAGAUUUUUUACUUGUUUAGAUAUAAUUGUAUAUUGAAGAUCAAAACCAGUGAUGUGAUUAUAGUAUAAUAAAAACAUACAAUAAUAUUAAAAAAGAAAUCAUCCAGCCUCGAAUAUCCACUGCCGAACAUAGGUCUCCUCCUCUUGUUUUCAACCCAUCUGUCAUUCUUUAAUUCCAAUGAUCCAAUUUUGAUUCAUUUCCUUACGUCGUCGUUACAUGACGAUCGUGGUCGCCCAUGGCCUUGUCUAUGGAGUUUGUGUCAUUCUCACUAUUUGUCCUGACCAUCACCAUUUUCGUUUAGCUAUCCUUUCAAUGCUGUUACCUUAGGUAUUUUUCGUAUACCUUGUCAAAUACGUAAUGCGAACCGGCAACUCUGUAUAAUUGUAAAUUUCAUGUGUCUAUGAUCUAUGAUAAUUCCAUCCGUUCUGAAGGUAGAGGCACUAUGAAAACUGGAGGCGAAAAUGCCAUUUGCUGAAUAAAUUGUUACAAAUUGAACCAACCACAAGGUGAUUCGGUGAAACUGUACGAUUUGACAACGGUGCUGACGAUAAAAUAGAGGUGCCGCGGGUUUGCGACGUAAACGUUGUGAAUCUAGAGAGUGGGAAGUUUAGUUACCAUGGAGACGUGGUCGUGUGAACACGCAUUUGCUGUGAAAGCUUAUUACCAAAAAAGAUGAAAGUUUUGUGCGUGUACAACGGGCAUUUCGUUUACACUAACAUUUGCCGCCCCGCGCUGCAUUUCCGCUGCUAUUAAGUCUUGGUUAGGAACUUUGAAAGUAGUGGUUCAACGUCACAGAAAAGAGGUGGCAGUGUCAGAACUGGUCGCACACCGCUUCAAUAUUCUGUGGUGUGCGAGCAGUUCUGACACUGCCACCUCUUUUUUGUGAUGUUGAACCACUACUUUCAAAGUUUCUAACCCAAGUCUUGUAACUUGGUCUUGUGAACGGGACGCUAAAUGGUAGUGUAAACGAAAUGCUUGGUGUACACGCACAAAACUUUCACCAUUUUUGUAAUAAGCUUUCACAGCAAAUGCGCGCUGUUCACCAGACCACGUUUCCAUGAUAUCUAAACUUCCCACUCUCUAGAUUCACAACGUUUACGUCGCAAGCCCGCGGCACCUCGUAUUUUAUCGUCAUCACCGUUGUCAAAUCGUACAGUUUCACCGAAUCACCUGUUAAAACGUACAAAGUUUGUUUAUUCCAUAAUGGGAUCUAAACUAUAAUUUAAUACAAAUUAGAAUUUGUUGCAAUAUUUUCGGAAACUUAUUUGGUUGUUUUGCCUUAGAGUUUUGUAGAUUUAACUAUUAUAUUAUUAGUGUUACACAAGACUGGUGUAGAAUCAUGUCAAUAUUUUAGCAAAUUAGUGGUGUUUCAACACCUUAUUAAAUGGUGAUAGGCUAUUUAGUAGUUAUUUGUAUUUUAACUAAAAUAACAAUGGAUUGUCGGAAUUUUAUAUUUGCUGUUUUGGACCACUUAAUAAACUGACGUAACAAGGUACAUUUAUGUUUAUUUUUGCUUGAGUAGGAUGAUUUAGGGAGCUGAAUCAAGUUUGGUUUUUGUAAACAAUAUUUAGUAGGUUGGAGUUUCCUUUAACACGUUAUGUGCCACGUGGAUCACAACUGAGAGGGCCGACCAGACUCCGUGAUACAUAUGGGCUUCAGUACUGUCAUAAAAAAAUAAAUUGGCCCAUGGGGACAAAUUUACACUGCCCUAUUUGGGUGGUUAACGUGCUGACAUCAUUUUGAAGUCAUUAAUCAACUUUUCAAUAUUUUUCUUUUGACUUGUUCUUUGUUUUGAUUUAUUAUUUGGUUUUGGCCUGCUAUCGUUGCCUAAUAUUGCUAAUAAUAGUUUUUUUGUGGACACUAAAACCAUAAAAACUGUGAUAAUUUUCAGGGUACCGGUAAGAUACUUCUAAAUUAACAAAGUCAACGUAAAAACAACAGUUUUAUUGUAGUCUUAAUUAUAAUUUAGUUAUGAAUUGAAACAAUAUGAAGCCUUAGUUAUUUUUCAUCGUAUAUAUUGAUGUUUAUAAAAGCUGUAACUCAUCAGCACACUUCAGUCCUUGAAAUCUAUAUUUUCGUUAUUAGUAUUCCGAAUAUUUGUUUGAUGUAUAAUAUUUAUAUAAAAUAAAAUAAAAUAAAAAUGUAUACCAUUUUUAUUCAGUUGCAAUGCGAAGGCAAAACAAUCUUACUUUUCAAUUAGAAUACGGAGUGCAAUCCAGCUCUCUGAAUCGCGAUUUUCGAUUCUUAUUGGAAUCUCAUCGGAGAGAGCGCAGGCUUGUUCUCCAUAUCCUAACUGACCAGCACCGAGAGCUUUUCCCAUACAUUGCAACUGAAACAAAUAGGGUAGAUGACUAGCGUCAUCUGGCAGUUGAAAGAUGAAGUUUUUCAAUCCUAAUAGUAACAUUAAUAAUAUUGAAAAUAUUAAAAAUAUUACUAAAAGAUUUUUAUAUUGAAAAAGUUAUUGGUACACUUCCCUGGUGACACCAAAAUAAUAUAAAUAUUAUGAAUAAUUAGUUAUAGUCUCGAUUUUUUAGCGAGUUGGCAGACUGACUUCGCAUUGGAUAGUUUAAUAGGCUGGGGGGCGACCCGCAUUAAUUUUACUUAUACCGGAAGGCGUUGCGUUCUUCUUGUAGUGCCUAUCCUUUUGGGAUGUUGGCGACCAUCAUGGCAAUCUGCAAUCUUGCACACUGCUGCUCUGAAAAGAUUUGUGGUUGUUGUGUUAACCCAUGUACAUAAAUUUUCCAGCCAGGAAAUCUUUCGCCUUCCUGGUCCCCGUUUGCCUUCUAAUUUUCCCUGUAAAAUUAGUUUCAGCAGUCCAUAUCUCUCGGUGUUCAUCAUACUCUUACCGAAGUAUUCGAUUUUGGCUGUUUUUAUUCUGGUUAGCAGCUGUUAUUCAUUUUGUAUUCUUAAUAAAACGUCUUGAUUAGUAAUGUAUGAUUAAUAAUGUAUAUGUUCCUUCCAGUUAUUUUAUUGUUCGAGAAGCCUUAAAUGUUAUUUUAUUUGCAAAGCACUGUUUAUUUGUCUUAUUAUAAAUUCUUCUUUAAAUUAAUAUUUUUAUUGUCUUCCUGACUAGACAAUCAGUAGUACUUAAAUUUUUAGAUUUCAGUUUUAUAAUGCCGAUUUUUAUUAUUUACGAAACUUCUCCAUUCUGUAUUGUCAUAUUAGACUUGUGCAAACUUUAUAUUAUUAAUUAGCCGGGUUCGAAUUUUUGGUUAUAUCUGCAUUCAUUAAAUGGUAUAUUUGAUAAUAAUAAUUAAAAUAUAUCUAUUUGAUCAUCUGGAUAAACACAAAAUGCUUCCCGCAUAUUCUUACAUACUCUCUUAUAGUAUAAUAUACUAUAUUUACAUAUUAUGUAAUAUUGUAUUCUUCUUCAUAUUAUAUUCUAGCUUCAGUGGUUGUUGGCAGUCCUUUUUUCAUGUAUUAUUAUGUAGGUGUGUUUAAAUUCACGUGUUUUUACAUAUUUAUUAACUUUUGUCCUUAAAUUCUCUCUUUAUAGACAGCUCUAUAAGGCGCCAUUUAUUAUCUGUCAAAAUAUGGCAUAAAUAUGGUAUGAAUAUUGUAUUGUUAAUCAGCUUACCAAUCAUCAAACAACAGAGUUAUUAGCGUAAUAGAAUAAUAAUCAUUUUGCAUAGUGUGUUAAAAUGAAUGACUUGUUACUGAGUAAAACCGGCUGCUCUGUUUUCACAAUAAAUUGCUUAUGAUACCCGAUAACAACGACUCUCGCGACUUUUUGAGCUUCCACUCAAAGUUACCGCUUGAGCCAUUGGACUACCGAGGUAUAGUUGCCAUCAGGUUAUUGCAGAAACCUCAAUCUUAAGCUUAUUACAACGUCAUUUGUAUUUGACUGGUGUGGAUAACCUUCCGAUACAGGUAGAAAGUAAUAAAUGUUAAUCUAUUGUAUAUUUAAUUAUAAUACCUGCUAUUCAGUAUGUUUACCUCUUGAAACUUAACGACACCACUGAAAAUGCAAAUAGAUUUGUAAUAUAAUUAAGAUUAAGGUUUUCUGCAAUAUCUUGGCAAUAUCUUGAUGGCAACUGUACACCAGAAUUUCUGCUACAUGCAGUUGCAGUUUCUGCAAAUAACUUUGUAAUAUGAUUAAUAAUAAGGUUUUCUGCAAUAUCUUGAUGGCAACUGUACACCAGAAUUUCUGCUACAUGCUUAUUGUUGACUGCAGAAACGACGGUUGCUAAUCAAAGACUUUAUACUGAAAAGUUGGCUAAUGAACGAAAAGGUAUUUUGAAAGAACCGGAAUCAUUGUUUACAAAAACUGACUGAUUCAUUGAAGUAAGGUAUACAUGUAUUUAUAAUCAAAAAUGAUUAGGAAAUGUACUUCUGUUCAUGGUAUUUGGUCCUAUUUUGUUUUAUUUACAAAUAGUACUUGUGUAUUUAACGAAUUUUUCUUCAACCAAUAAAAAAUAUACAAAAUAUAGUACAAAAUGAGAUUUGUUGAAAGCGAUUGUAUAUAUGAUAUUUAUUAUGAUUGUAUAUAGUUUUACGUUGUGAAAUGAUUUUUGGGUUUGUUAUUUUUGAAUGAUAUUUUGACAUAGAGAUAAUUUUGAUGUUUAUAGAGGCCUUAGUAGUGAAAGACUACGUUAGAAAAAUUAAUAAUACGUUUAAAAAUCUAUAUAUAGGGUUUUUCCUACAAACUCCGUCUUACGAUAUCGAUGAACUAUUUAAAUAUGUUGCCACUACUGUAUAUUGUUGCCUCGAUAAUCGAUUUCAAAAAGAUAAAAGAAUGCUCUAAAUUUAAAUACUUGUUUUGUUUUCUGGCCUUGUUUUGGAUCCUUUAGCGGUGUAUACUAUUCCUAUAGCUCAAGGGAGUAAUUUGUAGUGUGUGUUAAGUAAAUGUUUUGUUUCUUAGUAAAGUAGACUUCAUUGUCUUUACAAGGUGACACUAAUUAUUGUAUCCGAACAGGUGGGCACCGAUUCCACAAGGAUAGAAAUUAUUUCCAUUUAUUAAUUGUUUAAUAAUAAAAAACAUUUCCCACCUAGCUGGGAUUCGAACUCUCGACCUUUGGGUUCAAAGGUAGGCUCUCUUACUGAGCCACGAAGGGGUUGAUUUGAAUGAACUUACACUUACACCACGUUUACCCAUGAACGAAUAACUGACGAUAAAUGUCAAUAGAUGAAAUCCAUUUUGCAUUUUAAAAAACGUAGCACAGCGACCGAGACCUCCAUCUUCGAAGGCUGGCUAGGCCGACACUGAGCAAUGCAGAUGCAGCGAGGGGAAAGGGGUGGGAGAGAGAGAGAGGGAGAGUUGUAAGGCAAUGUUGAGAGAUUGAGCAAUGCAGAUGCAGCGAGGCGAAAGGGUUGGGGGAGAGAGAGAGGGAGAGUUGUAAGGUAAUGUUGCCAGAUUUCUCCCAGCCCGUCACACUCUUUCUCAGUGACAUAUGGAACCUUUUUUCACGAAUAAAUUUUUAAAAAUUAUCUUGUUUUCUCCGGUUUUCCCGGUUUAGUUGUUGAUCACGUGAGACGGAAUUAGUAGGAAAAAAUAAAAAUAUAAAUUUUAAACUUUAAUUGCAAACAGCACUUCCGAAAUGUCAUUUACAAAAAAAUCUUGAAAUUUUUGUACAUACCUAAAGUUUUGUACGAGUGAUAGAAUGUGUGAAUAGAAACUCGUUAAAUAUACUAUUCAGUGUUGGUGUAUUUCUUUAAGUACAAAUAAUAAAAAAAUCAUUACCCUUUAUUAAUAUAAUAACACUGCUGUAUUUAAUAAGCAUAAUGUAAUGUAUGUCAGUCAUAUAGCUGUUUUCAAUAAACAAAAUGUUUAAAUUAAAAGUUUGUCUAUACUUUUUCUCAGAGGCUUUUUUCAGUGUGUCACAGUUUUUCGAUUUCUUUCUAACACAUUAAGUUGGAAAUGACAGAAAAAAAGGUACGUCCGUGAUUAUACUCUUUAUAAUAUUUGUUCUAGUUGUUGAUAGAUGGCGCUAUAAUAAAAAAAAUAUUUACGUAUUAUCUAUACGACUAUACAAAUAAAAGAAUAUACCUUUUUAUAAAUGCAAUGAACACGAUUGAUUUGUUUUUAUACCAAAUUGCAAAUAAAAGGGCUACACUGCAAAAACCUUUUCAUAUUUUUAGCUGAUUACGAUUCUGACAACUGUCAGAGUUAACUAAAAUGUCAUGCAAUGAUUCUCUACAUUCUUAAAAUCAUGUAUGACGUUAAAAUUAAUGCCACACUGAAAGACUGAGACGAACUCUAGAUUGUAGUCGUAUAGAUAUGUAAUAAGUAAAUCAUUCUUUUCCGAUUAUAGUGCCAUCUAUCAACAACUAGAAUAAAAGUUAUAAAUGUGUAUAAUCACGGACGUACCUUUUCUUCUGUCACUUGUGACGCACUGCAAAAGCCUCUAAGAAGCACCAUACCAGUGUUUGCACAUUCAAAUUCGAAUUUUCCCGUUUUUAAAUUAGACAAUCUGUAGAAACGUUUAUAUAUUUAUUACACUAAUCAAAAUAUUUAAUCGCGCAUCAGUGAAAUUUUGAGAUUUUGUUACUAAUAUACAAUAAUAUUAUGUACUAACCUCUUGAAUAGAAAAUCAGAAUAAGUAACGAAUAUAUUUUCAACAAGCAAUUGGACUUAGUAAGUCGUAGGUUUUCACUCAGUGUGACCGGAAGUCGAUAUUUGAACUCUUCUUGUAACUUUACGUCGAAUAGACGAUUUUAUUAAUUUUGACUAAUUUUUGGCAUACUUUUGGUCUUUUGUGACAAAAUUUAACCGGAAAUGUCAUCAAAACGCGACGAUUGAUAUAAUAAAACACUUCCGAUUAGAAAUUUUUAACCUGAAGUAUAUAUUUGUUCUCAUCUUGCUAAAGUGCGUCGAAUUAUAUAUCCCAUGUACUAUUUCGGUGACUCUAAAACAGUAUUGAUGAGGUUUCAUUCGAUACCUUAUCAGUCAUUCUAUCUGUUCUAAUAACGGAGGAUUUGUGUUUACGGACGGACAGACAGACAUGGAUAAUUCAAGGUUUUCACAUUUUAAUGUUUGUAAAAUGGGUGAAAACAGAAUAAAAACUGAGGAAUGACAUUCUAUAUUUCGUAUUCGCAAGUUCUUUUAUCGUUGGUUUGGCUUUCGUUGGACCUCAAGAUCAGACAAUUUAGGAAGCAUCAAAUAAUAGCUCCUUUGAAAUGAAUCAUCUCCAAUAAUUUUCACUUUGUCUACAAUUUUUUUCCACUAUUCUGCGGAAACUAUUUUAAAGAACUUGUCAGACAAUUUUUAAAAAUAAUUAAAAUUGAAAAAUGUAUUUCAUGUUACAACAUAAUUUUUUAAAAGCUGCUCAAAUAAGCUCCAUCAGGUUUAAAUCUGAAUGACAUACGUAGUGGAAGCUUUAAUGCGUAGUGUAUUUUGCUCUUUGUUGAUGCGGAUACUUUAUCCUGUUGAAUGUUAUAAUAAAUUACAAGAAAGCUAAUACAGGAAAUUGGGACUAGAGAUCAACAUAGGAAAAACCAAAUAUAUGAAUAUCGGUGGAACAUUGCAGGACUUCAUACUAGACGGAGGACAAACAAUCAGUACAUGUAACGAAUCUGGGUAUGAAAAUCACGAAUGAUGGAACACUGGACCAUUAAAGAACGAAAUAUUCAGGGCAGGAAAGCAAUUGCACUUCUAAACUCAUUACUCUGGGACAAGCAGAUAAACAAUCAAAAUAAAAAAAGAUCCGUAAUGCCUAGUGAAAAGCAUCAUAACAUACAGCUGCGAAGUAUGGCCUAUAAAGGAAAAAUCAAAACAAAUGUUAGGGGUCACCGAAAUGGAUUUCUGGAGAAGAGCUGCAGGAAGAUCAAGAAGAGAACAUGUCACCAAUGAGCGGAUACGAGAAAUAAUGAAGGUCACACAUACAAUAAAUGACGAAAUACAACUAAGAUGGUUUGGUCACGUGCAAAGAAUGCAUGAGGACAGAAUCCCAAAACAAAUACAAAACUAGAAACCGCAAGGUAGAAGAAGAAGAGGUAGACCGAGGAAAAGUUGGCAAGAAGGAAUAAACAAAGCCAUGGAGGAAAGAGGUCUGCAAGUAGAUCAAUGUGUGGACAGAGAGGAAUGGCGAACGGGUAUCUGAAGACGGAGAACGUUGUAAACCGAUAAUAUAAAAAAAGUGCAUUGCCCAUCAUGACGACAUUGAAGCUCCUAUUAUCAUAGUAAUCACCCGAUUUUGUUUGCGACUUCCAUCUUACAUAAGAUCCAUAAUAUUUUGACGUUUAAUUUAGUUUUGUACCUAAAAAACAAUGGUAAUACAUAAAAAAAGUUACGGAGACAUAUUCCAUUCAACAUAACUACAGCACUGCUCUGCACUAGGUACAUAUGGAAUGUUGAAAAAAAAAAUAUAAAUGAAGUUUUCUGUGAUUACUUCCUGAUCGGAGCGAUAUCUCUCCCCACGGAGCUUUUUUUUAGACGGAAAAGAAGAUUAGUCACUGGGGGAGAGAUCUGGGCUAUACAGUGGAUGCGGAAGCUAUUCCAACCCCAUAUCGUGCAUUUUUGCCAUCGUUUUCAUUGACUUGAACACAAUUUUUUUUGUAUUGUCAGACUAUACACAAUAUAUCCAACAAACCUAAAGAAAAUAGUAGAAAGCUAUUCGAACUAAAUAAGGGAAUAAUAUUAAAGAUCAAGAAAAUGAAGAAAAGAGAAUAAGAAAAAUUUAAAUAAAUAUAAAAGCAAGCAUGACGGAAAUUGCCACCGAAUUUUUUGUGUAUUCUUUCUUCCAGAUACUCUACAUAAGAAUAUGUGGAAUGCAAAAAAAUCAUGUUUAAUUAACUAAUGUGUUUUCAAUUUUUCCCAUUGCCGUUUCCAUUCUUUAAAUUUUGAUGACUUGAUGUAACAGUGCGAUAAGGAUGUCAACAUUGGUUUCCAGGCUUAUAAGGCACAGACGAAGCAUUAGGUAGAAAUUGCAGUUAAGGAAUACGAGGUAAGUACGUUAUAGUCAACUACAAAAUAAGAAAGUCUUACAUAACGCGAGAAAUGAACUGAAAAUUUUCAAAAUUUCACUGAGCAAUGCCCUAUAUAAUUCAAAUGUAUGCUUUUUAAACAUAUUUCAUAUAUUUGGAAGUUAGGAUGUAAAGAAUAUAAUGCAGUGAUAACAGAUAGUUCGCAUUGGUCCUAAAGCAUGCGUUUGUGUUGUAUUACUGCUAAUGGAGAAAUUAGCAAAUGCUGUGAAAACUUUAUGUUAGGACCGUUAAAAAUUAAAUGUCAUAUCAAAUUUUCGUAUGAUUUGGUUAAUUUCAGCACACGAUUGCUAUCAAAAACAGCUUGAAUUAAAAUUGCUUCUUGACGUACUGUAAAUUAAUAUUCAACUAACUUGUAAUGACAAUUGAUAGAAAAUUUAAACAAACUGACCAACUGAAUCACUGCUGAUUAAAUCCAAGUUGUUCCACCGUCUAUAUCUUAAGAUCCUUAAAUGUUUUUUAAAAGUUUUGAUAUCGGUGAGUGCGUGAGUGGUCCGAUAAGUACUUAGUCUCUCUGUCCGAGAGCGCCACGAUCGAAAAAGAAAUCUACCAUUGUCCAAUACAUUCUUGUUGUAUGUGUCAAAAUCUGAGCCGAAUCCGACUUGUAGUUUUGUUUUCACAGUGUGUGCAAAUGAGCCUGUUGAGGUUUUUAGAAAUAUAUAAAAAGAGCAAUAUCGGUCAUUGAUUUGAAUCUUGUGUUUGAAAAAGAAAUCAAGCAGUCAAAUCAAAGAGCGCUUCUUGAAUGCCGUGUACGGUUACUCUUCCCCUUCGAUGGCGAACGUCAAAAAUUGGUUUAACGAAUUGUUUAACUAGGUAGGAAGUCUACUUUACAUACCUCGAGAGAACAUAUUUUUCCGACGGGUUAAAGAAGUUGAAGCGUCGCUGCGUCAAGUGUAUCUAGCUGAAAGGAGACUAUGUUCAGCAGGGGCGGUUUCUCCAUUGGUUCACUUGUGCAGUGAACACCCAAUAAAAGUUCAUUAAAAUACAGUUUUUUUAAAUCUCAUAAAUAUUAUACAUAAUAUGUAAUAUUAAAAUAUUUUUUUAAUAUCAUAGAAUCAUUAAAAUAUAACUUUAUUUAUUAAUCAUAUUUACUUGCUCUACGCCGCUGGAUGCACGUGGCAAGUACAGAUACUAAGCUCUGGGCCUAGAUUCCGUGCACUGUAGAUAUCUACAGUCGCUUUCUGUCGAUGGCAAUUGUCAUAAAAAUAUUUGAAUUUUUAGUUUUAAUUCAAAUAUUUUCUUGUUUUACUAAGUGUCACUUCAGCAUCAAUUAGAGUAUAACCUAGCAAAACUAGAAAAUAAUUCACUUAAAGCUAAAAAUUCAAAUAUUUUCAUGACACGUGACAUCGAUAGAAGGCGACUGUAGAUAUCUACAGUGCACGGAAUCCAGGCCCUGGUGCAGAAUUCAAAAUGAACCAGUCAGUCCUAACUUACCCCUGUAGUUAGAAAGAGAAAUCUUAAAAUCGGUGAAAAAGCAUUUCGCCUAUCUAACACAGUGAGGAUUUGUGCAGUGCACGCAGAGACCAGUGGAGCGUUUCGGUUCACAGUUUGGAAUUUUCUGUUGUGGGAUUUAGUUACAUAAGGUUAAAUCUUAAAUACAAUAUUAGUAGUUUUAUUAUGGAGCCUUAUUAAGUGGAAGUUAUAAAAGAAAAUGCAAAUAGUUUUGAAAAUCGACUUCUUAUAAAAAAGAAUGGUCCACCUUAGCCGGAGAUACAAGAAUGUGCUAUAAAAAACAAAAAGUUUAAACGUUGCUUCAAAGUUGAUCAAUAUAAAAAAACUGUGGUUGUGUGGGUAUGAUAAACUACAUUCUUUGUUUCGUUUUCCAUGUUUUGUAUUUUCAAAGAAUGAAACUAUAUCUUCAGAGUGGACAAAAACGGGCGUUCGGGAUUUAUCUCAUUUAUCAACAAAAUUUAAAAAACACGGAUCUUCCCAAAUUCAUUUAAAAAGUGAAUUUCAACUCUCAGAUAUUGGCAAUAUUGAUGUUCGCCAAUUAUUAGAUUCUGGGUAUAGGAAAAAAACGCGCCUUGCAUUUUACCUCAAUGGUGGUGUGGAAAUGAAUGCAUUAUUUAAUCGAAAUUAGUUACAGAUUUUAUGUAUACCUACCAUACAUAAAUAAUAAAAAAUGAUUAAUAUUCCACAAAGUAAACAGGCGAAGCACUCAUUAUUGAUAAUUUGUUAACGAACGCCUAUGCAAUAAGUAAAUAUAUAAUUUGGUGAGAAGCAGGAAACUAUAAUAGUUUCACUAAUCCGCUUAGGUCCCGCUGGGUUUUUUCCCCAAAAACUUUGUCACCUGUGCCGCAAUUGCCCGCGGCUAUUAUUCACCGUUUCUCUAAUUACAUUCCUUAAUUGAACACCCUUUUUAAAUUACCACGAGCCGCCACUGAUGUUCAGAAAUAAAUCACCACUUUUCCCAAAAUGUUUAUUUUUCUGUUGUAGGCUAAGUACUUAUCGGACCACCCUAGUACAGUGGUAAAAAUUUUACCAGGGUCAUGAACUUAUACAAUCAAGACUGCAAUAAAACCCCAAGCAAACACCAACAUAUUUGGCCUCCUACUAGCUCUCUACUGCUAUUAUUUUCGGAUUCUUCGGUCAUUAACCUUCGGAUGACCAAGGGGGUAAAUUUGAACCCCAGCGUAUGUUUUUCUUUAAUAAAUUCAAACGUAUUUUCAAUUUUUAACUCAUUAUUUUUUUAUUUGACUUUAAUAUCAUUCUAGAUAUCCUCAUAUUUUGAAAUAAAAAAAAUUCCCUAUAUUUUACGAAUAAAAAAUAUAUUCUGAAGUUGAUGUUUAGUAAAAUACCGUCUAUUAUGUGGAAUUCCAAGUAGUUUUACACUGCGCGUUGUCUAAAUCUAUUUUUAGACUGUGGUGCCUGUUAUAUACAAAUCAUGACAUUCCUGUCUGCUACAGUUAUGACAUUAUUAUUAUUUCCUGGCGUAUAUUAUUAUAGUUUCUUAGUAUUUUAUGUACAUAUAAGAUAUGGCCCGCAAAUAUCUUACUGAGGCUGAGUUACAGCAAAUUGUUACUGCUAAGAUUUAAAUGCUGAAAACAUUAAUUCCAGGUCAUUUUUGACCUGGGGUCAUUUUUUACCCCCGUUUGUCAUCCGUGUAACAAAAAAAGGUUGCUCAUCGGAAGGUUACAAGGCGUAGAAAAGAACACUGAGUGGCAUACUUGCAUUUCGUGCGCCUAUAGUAUAAUUAAGAUAUAGAUUAUUAAUAAUUGUGUUUACACUUUAUUGAUACACAUAUAUAUAUUUUUUAGCAGCAAAUGCAAAUUUUAAUAGUGUUGAUGGAUAAGAAUAAGUAAUAUCAAAAGAAGCAAUUUUAAGGUCAUGUAAACAUUUGAUCGUCAAUUUUCGUUUGAAAUACCUACUUAAUUUGUAAUAAAAAUAUAAGUAAAUAUGACAAACAAAAAAGUUUCUACUUGUAAACAUUAGCAGGGUACAUAAUUUUGUGUGAUUGUUUGUAAACGUUCAUAUUUUCUGAACCUGCCGAAGCCUUUCGGGAUUUUCAGAAAGAUAUGUUAAAAAUUUCGACUGCACAUACUGACUGCAUCAUUAACCUGCCACUGUUAGUUGGACCAAAAUAAUGUGGAAGUUGAAACGCUUGAUGGUAACAUGGGGCAUUUUUGUAUUUAUUUGCCAUUAUAAGAAUGGGAAUAAUGUGUUAUUGUUUUGAUCACAGUUUCAAAAAUAUAUGAGGAUCAAUAUUUUAAACAUUUAAUUCGAAUUAAUGAAUAAACGACAAUUUCUGCAUAAAAUCGACUCGGGCAAAACUGUACAACACAAUCAAAUCUAUCCAAGUGACCAAUUGACAUCUAUGAAUUUUCUUUCAUUCAAAUUUAAAACAAAUUUGACAACCUCUUAAGAAUAUGACUACACUGACUCACAAAAUUUUUUCAAGCUUCUCGUUCGAUACGUAAUUUAAUUAGAAGCACCAUAUAUGCCACAUCCUCUGGAGAAAGGAAAAACAUUCGAACAUCUGAAUUUUGAGGCAUUGGUUAAGUAAAUCGUGGCAAUGAGACUGCAAAGAGCAUAAUUCUAUCUGAAUAGCAGAUUACACUAACAUUUGUCAAUAACCAGCACCUCGCAGAUUCGCCACUGAAUGAAUAGUGAGUUUCCGAUAGGUUCGCGAAUUUGAAUUUUCUGAAUUUGUCUGGAACUUAAAUAAUUAUUGAGUGCUGUAAUUCCUUAAGGAUUGAGACACCUCAUAUUGAAAAAGCAUUUUACUAAAUUACUAAUUUCAUUCAUGAUUUCUCGGCAAUUACUUUUUUCGGGAUGUACCGUACCAUUUGAUUUCAAUUGUCGUUCUUUGUGUUUCAUUUAUAUUUCAUCAGUCCAUUCAUUAUUAUUAUUAUUUGAUAUAAUUCCUUUGUAGUGGCGCUGUACAAUAAAGGAACGUACAUAUGUAUGUAUAUGCAAUUAUUAAUAUAAUUUCGGAGUUGUGUUGUUUUAGAUUGCUGCUUUAAGUCAAAAUUUAUCGAGGAAUUAUGAUAAUACAGACAAUAUUGAUAUGACAAUUCAUAAAAAGUUUUACCACAGUCCUGUUUUGUCACUGUUUUUACCUGCGUCUCGGGAACACAUGCCGGUUACACAUACGGAUUAACUUCCGUGCAUGAGUUUUACAUGUUUUUAACGGGUUAACGGUUUCUUUAAAAUAUUGUCUUAGGUCCGGCUUCACCAAGAACAAAUAAAUCGGUGAACAGUUUAUUCGUCGAAUAAAAUUUAUUAGACGUUUAUAUUUUUGUUUCAAUAAUAUUUUGAUAAUUUAAAGUUUAACUGAUUUUCUUUGUUAUAGAUACUUAAAGCGAGAUUAACUUGUCAGUUUACUCGAAGACUAAAUAUUUAUUUGAUAAAUAAAUAAGUCUUAUUUGACGUUGGAGAAACGUAGAUGUGUCGGAUUUAUUGGUCGAAUAACUUUAUUCAUCGAAUAAACUACUAUUUGUCGUUGGUGAAACCGGCUGUUAGACUAUUACAUAGAGAAUUAAAGCAUUCGUUCAAUGGUAAUGGAACCCAUAGAAAAAGGUCCAAGCGCGGGCACCCUUCAGCGGGUCAUAGUAGAAAAGUUAUUUGCACUUUUUGCUGCCUUUGCGGGUCAGCAGAGAAAAACGUUGAUGUGCCCUCAGUGGCAAGUGACAAUCAAUAGAGCCCUAGAUAGAAUCACCAGUUGCGACGUCUCAGCAAUCUCUGUAUGUGUAGGUAGGGAGUGGGAUGAAACAGUACCCAGUAGGAAUUAUUAGUAAGGGUUGGAUUAAGGAUUAGCUUAAAAUUGACGAUGCAAAUUAUUGAAAUCAUACAUCUACAAAAAUAGAAGGUUAGUUUUUGCAUGUGAAAAAUUGAACAAGUGCUCUAUUUAUUCAAAUUUCGAUAGCUUUAAUUUUGCCAAGUACUAGAUUAUUGUUGCUUCCUAAAUUAGGGUUCUCACAUUAAACAUAUAUUCUCCUUUUCAUGAACAUUUUUCAGUGCGUCACAAAUUAUAGAAAAAAAGGUAAGUCCGUGAUAAUACACAUUUAUGACAUUUAUUCUAACGUGACAUUUUAGUUAAAUCUGACAGUUGUCAAAUUUUAUUUUCAAUUUGGAAUAAAACCAAAUCAAUUGUGUCUAUUGCAUUUAUAAAAUGGUAUUUUCUUUCAUUUGUAUAGUCUUAUAAAUUGUACAGAUUAUAUUGAUAAUAUUAUUAUUUUAUUUAAUAAAUAAUUCUUUUUUGAUUAUGGCGCCAUCUAUCGACAACUAGAAUAAUCACCGAACUAGAAUAAUUACCGAAGUAUUCCCAGACGUGCCUUUUUUUCUGUCACAUACAAUUUAAUGCGUUAGAGAGAAAUCGAAAAACUGUGACGCACUGAAAGAUGAUCAUGAGAAAAAGAAUAUCUUUAUUACCAAUGAAUUAAAAAAUGUCUUAAACUACCAUCAAUCGUUUAAAAACUUCCCAAAAUGUAUAUACAGCUUGAAAAAUUGGAAGAGACUAAGCAUAGAAUAGAAAAGAAACGAUGUAAUGUGAUUUAAAAUUAAAAAAUGUCCAGAAAAUUUUGAGUGAUACAAUUAUUGAUGUAGAGGUGUUUGUAUAGUUCAAGCGCUAGAAAGGUCUUUAGAAAAUGAAAUCGUUUUGAUAAUUUUUCGAUGACAAAAGCAACAAGUAGCACUAAUUGUAUUUGAUGGUUUAUUAGUGGCAAAUUGAAUUAGGCGAAUCGUCAGUAGAAGAACAAUCGAAAUGUUAUUUCAAUAAUUGCUGAAUUAAGGAAAGUCCAGUAAACUGGGAUUUUGUCUAAAAAUUCUUAUAAGAUGGUGUAUUUUUUAGUAUUGGUAUUGUAGUGGUAAGUAAUACGUAUAAUCUUAAUGAACAAAAUUUCGUCUUAGUCCAAGUUUAUUUUGCCAUAGUACAUUUAUUUUUAAUGAAUUUAAAGAUUUUAACGGGAUGUAAAAAAUGUUCUUCACGGUCUCGGAUGAUAUGUUGAUUUUUCUGAUAUCAGAAUUUUUGUUUGGAAAUAAUACUAAUUAUUAAUAUGAUAUCUUCUUCUUUAAGUGCCAUCUCCGCGACAGAUCAGCAAUUACUAUAGCUAUUCGGAUUUUAGAGACAGCUGCUCUGAAAUUUCAUUUGAUGUACAUCCGUACCAUUCUGUCAGGUUGCGCAGCCAUGAUAUUCUGCGUCUCCCUAUGCUUCUUUUUCCUUGAAUCUUUCCCUGCAUAAUUAUUUGAGGAGUAUCAGUCCACGAAAAUUAUAAUUACUAAAAAGUUCUCAGAAAUAAUUGCUUCGUCGGUAGAAACAGAAACAGAAAGGGAAAUAAUUGUUUUCGUCGGCAUCUAUUAUUAUGAACUACAUCUUUUCGUUAUAAAUAUUUUGGGAGUUAUAAUCUUCGCGGACACGCAUAUAAAAAAGAAUUGUAUCGCCAACACUUAUCAAAGAGUUAUUAUUUUCACUGGAAAUGUAUUAGGAAUCACAUUAAUCAUAGGUACCAGCGACAUAUUUCAUAUGGCGAAUAUUUUGCACAAAUUACUCCUGGUAUAACCCAUGUUAGUUUCGUUUUUCUAUUCUUAUUGGAGAAAGCAUUUUCGUUAAAAGAUACAUACAAACAAGAGUCACUACUAAUCCCCUCAAAUGCUUGAUCAACCUUAAGCUCUUGUUUUACUGGACUUUCUUACGUCUGAAUGAACAGUCAACUCCCAUUUUUUCAACUAAAUGUUUUCAUUAGUAUUCGUACAAAUAAUUUGUCGAUGUUUGAAAAAUAAACUAGAUACUAAUUAUUGUGAUUUGGCCUGAAAGAAUAUUUGUAAACUUAAUGUAAUAUAGACUAUCUGCAUGUAUCAUAGAUUAAAUUUAUAAUUGUAAAAGCUUGCAUAGGGUUUUAUCAAAUAUUUUAGUAUGUUUUUCUCUAUAUGAAUUAAUGUUGCAUUUUGUGAAAAAGUACUUGACUUUACUGAUGUAGACACACAUUAUUGGAUUUUGCGAUCUAUAUUGUGUUUUUGCAGUAAUAAAGCUUGUUCAAGGCUUAA